AUGUCUGAUACGCCCAAAACGGAUGGUAUCAAAUGGCGAGACCUCCCAUUCGAGCCGUGGGAUGAAAAUAAGUGGAUGGCUUUUUUUUCUGUUGAUGCUGAUAUUGAUGUUCAUGUUGAUGCCGAUGCUGAUAGUUUUGUUCACCCCGACGGGGCCAUGGGAAAACCCGGCAAACUCCAAUUGGGUGCUCGGUAA